AUGGCUUCCCCUCGCUCUUUGAUGCGCUUGAGCUCUGGACGCUCAGUUGCUUCCACUGUGAGGUCCAGUGCUCCCCGCGCUUUUUCGUCAGCAUCUCUCCGCUAUGCCGCGAAGGCAUCCACAGAUCCCAGUGCACCGGAGCUGGAGAACAUGCGCCAGGCGCAACGACCCCCCACUGGUCCUCUCCGCGCCCCUGUCGUCAACCCCACCGACAAAUACCAGAGCAUGUCCGAUGGCCUUCACAACUAUGGACAAUACAUCAUGUCCUGUCUUCCCAAAUUUGUGCAGCAGUUCACUGUCUGGAAGGACGAACUGACCGUCUACACUGCUCCCGCCGGCAUCAUCCCCGUCAUGAGCUUCCUGAAGAAUCACACAUCGGCCGAGUUCACGCAGAUCUCCGACAUCACCGGUGUCGACUUCCCUACCCGUGAUCAACGCUUCGAGGUCGUUUACAACCUUCUCAGUGUGCGCUACAACUCCCGUAUUCGAGUGAAGACCUACGCCGAUGAGGCUACUCCCGUCCCUAGUGUGACCGGUCUGUUUGAGGGUGCGCUCUGGUAUGAGCGUGAGGUGUACGAUAUGUUCGGCGUGUUCUUCUCCGGUCAUCCCGAUCUUCGCCGUAUUAUGACUGAUUACGGUUUCGAUGGCCACCCUCUGCGCAAGGACUUCCCUCUGACGGGUUACACCGAGCUACGAUAUGACGAAGAGAAGAAGCGCAUUGUUAUCGAGCCCCUUGAGCUCACCCAGGCCUUCCGUAACUUCGAAAGCGGUAGCACUGCCUGGGAGCCUGUUGGUUCUGGUCAGGACCGGAAGCCCGAGUCCUUCAAGCUGCCAACCCCCAAGCCCGAGCCAAAGGAGGAAGAAAAGAAAUAG